UCUAGGAGUAUCCUGGUUUCUUAUCCUCCCUUCUCCAUCUCUACAACUCUGAAGAGGAAGAGUAAAUGGUGGUAGAGGAAUCCAGAUGGAUUUAGUGGCAGCCUUGGAGCUCAGGUCUGUUGACCUGCAGAGCCCCAGGAACAACAAAGGGCACCACACACAGGAGAUGGGCCUGAAGCGGCUCAUUGUGCGCAGAGGUCAACUUUUCAACCUCCAGCUGAACUUCAACAGACCCUUCCAGCCCCAGACAGACUCCAUCACCUUUGUGGCUGAGACCGGACCUGAGCCCACAGAGCUGCUGGGAACACGAGCCUCAUUCUUACUUACACAGGCCCGGCAAGAGAAAGUCUGGAGUGCUUCUGACUUCACCAUUGACUCCAACUCUCUCCAAGUCUCGCUUUUUACACCAGCCAAUGCAGUCAUUGGCCACUACACUCUGAAAAUAGAGAUCUCUCGGGACCAAGGUCAAAGUGUGACUUACCCACUGGGGAAUUUCAUCCUGCUUUUUAACCCAUGGAGUGCAGAGGACGACGUGUACCUGCCAAGUGAAAUAUUGCUGCAGGAGUAUAUCAUGAAGGAUUAUGGCUUUGUUUACAAGGGUCGUGAAAGUUUCGUCACCUCCUGGCCCUGGAACUACGGGCAGUUUGAAGAAGACAUCAUAGAUAUCUGUUUUGAGAUCCUGAACAAGAGCCUGUACUUCUUAAAGAACCCAUCCAAAGACUAUUCCCAGCGGAAUGAUGUGGUGUAUGUGUGCAGGGUGGUGAGCGCCAUGAUCAACAGCAAUGAUGACAGCGGCGUGCUGCAAGGGAACUGGGGAGAGGAUUACUCCAAGGGCGUCAGCCCCCUGGAGUGGAACGGCAGUGUGGCCAUCCUGCGGCAGUGGUCAGCCAGGGGUGGGCAGCCUGUGAAGUAUGGACAGUGCUGGGUCUUUGCCUCUGUUAUGUGCACUGUAAUGAGAUGCUUAGGUGUUCCAACUCGUGUGGUUUCUAAUUUCCACUCUGCACACAACAUGGAUGGGAACUUGACGAUUGAUACCUACUAUGACCAAAAUGCAGAGAUGCUGCCAUCUGAGAAACAAGACAAAAUAUGGAACUUUCAUGUCUGGAAUGAGUGCUGGAUGAUCCGAAAAGAUCUCCCACCAGGAUACAAUGGGUGGCAGGUUCUGGACCCCACUCCCCAGCAAACCAGCAGCGGGCUGUUCUGCUGUGGCCCUGCCUCUGUGAGGGCCAUUAAGGAAGGGGAGGUCCACCUGGCGUAUGACACCCCUUUUGUGUAUGCCGAGGUGAAUGCCGAUGAAGUUAUUUGGCUCCUCAGGGACGGCGAGGCCCAGGAAAUCCUGGCCCACAACACCAGUUCCAUCGGGAAGGAGAUUAGCACCAAGAUGGUAGGGUCAGACCAGCACCAAGACAUCACUGGCUCCUACAAGUAUCCAGAAGGAUCCCCUGAGGAGCGGUCUGUAUUCAUGAAGGCUUCCCGGAAAAUGCUGGGACCAAAGGGAGCUUCAUCACUCCUCCUGGAUCUCCUGGGGUCCAGGGUCUUUGAGGAUCAACCAGUGCAGCUGCAGCUUCACCUGGCCAGGAUGCCAGUGUGGGGCCAAGACGUGCCGCUUAUGCUGCAUGUCUGGAGGGUACCAGAGAGAGCCCACCCCAGGGGUCCCAUCAGACUGGUGGUGCGCUUCUGUGCACAGCCCCUGCUGCAUGGGGGUGGCACUCGGAAGCCCCUUUGGAGGCAGAUGGUGCACUUGAGCCUGGACGUUGGGAAGGAGAUACAAUGGCCGCUCCUCCUGCCCUACAACAACUACAGAAAUAAGCUGACUGAUGAAAAGUUGAUCCGUGUGUCUGGCAUUGCUGAAGUUGAAGAGACAAGGCGGUCCAUGCUGGUCAUAAAAGAUCUCUCUCUGGAGCCUCCCCUCUUAUCUAUUGAGGUCUCUGAGAGGGCUGAAGUGGGCAAUAUCCUGAGAGUCCACAUCACCCUCACCAAUACCCUAAGGGUGGCCCUGAAUAACUGCAUCAUGGUGCUGGAGGGAAGUGGCCUCAUCAACGGGCAGAUAGUAAAAGAUCUUGGGACUCUGAUGGCUGGACACACCAUCCGAAUUCAAGUGGACUUCUACCCUAUCAAGACUGGACCCCGCCAGCUGCAAGUCCUCAUCAGCAGCAAGGAGGUCAAGGAGAUCAAGGGCUACAAGGACAUCUUUGUUGCUGCAGCUACAGCAUCCUGAGCCCUACCUUGCCCUCUCAUAGCUCUCACCAGUCCCCCGACCCCCUGUAGCUCCAUCUUGUUCCUUUCUACUCCUGAUUGCAUUCUCUUGGCUCCACCCCUGUCCUGGUGUUCCCACCCUGGGAACAAACAAUAAAGAUGUCUUUAGUUGUCUU